UGAACUACAACUUUUUGCCAUGGCGCGAAACCUGCAACUCCAUCAUCUCGAUCAACGAUAGCACAAUACUCCUCCCGCCUCGUCGUCCAUGGCGUCGAGAAGCGCGACCAGCCAGCUCCAUCCUCAUGGCCAACGCGAUUCCCUCGAGCUUGCUUCCCUCGCGUCUUCCAACGAUGGCCGAGACUCUCUGGAGUCCUCCGUGUCCGGCACGCCCUCUUCGCGAAAACUCUCCUUCGACGAAUCCCUGACACCGAACCAUCCUCUCCGCGGCGGACGGUCAUACUCGGUUUCAAGCGCAUUCGACUUCAACAGCUCUCUCUUCCCUCUGUCCGCGUCAGGGCCGGGAUACACAUCUCUUGGAACGCCCAGCACACCGCAUGGAGAGGGACCGACGCAGAACUUGGAAAGAAUCAAGAGCUUGACAUACCUGAAUGGACUAUCACUAGUGGUGGGCUUGAUUAUCGGCAGUGGGAUCUUUUCCUCGCCAGCGAGCGUGAACAGCAAUGCUGGCUCGCCGGGUGCGGCCUUGAUCGUGUGGAUAAUAUCUGGCAUUCUUGCUUGGACGGGCGCUGCGAGCUAUGCAGAGUUGGGAGGUGCAAUACCACUGAAUGGAGGUGCGCAGGUAUACCUGUCGAAGAUCUUUGGAGAGUGGGCGGGCUUCCUGUUCACAUGGUGUGCGGUCGUGGUACUGAAGCCUGGAUCGGCAGCCAUCAUUGCGAUCAUAUUUGGGGAAUAUGUGGUUCGGGCGAUUAUUGGUGCGGACGCCGUGGACGUGAGUCCGUGGAUCAAUAAAGGCGUUGCGCUGCUUGGGCUCUUCACCGUGACAUUCAUCAAUUCCGUCUCGACGAAGUUGGGAACGAGAAGUGCGGACUUUUUCAUGUUCUUCAAGUUCAUUGCUCUGCUGGCGAUUACAGUAGCGGGAAUCAUCGUGGCGGCCACUGGGUUGGCGUACGACAAGCAAGAGCUAGCAACAAGGUGGAAAACGACACCGUGGUUCGAAGGCACAUCUACAUCGUCCUCUCAAUGGGCUGUUGCACUUUACGCUGGUCUGUGGGCAUACGACGGAUGGGACAAUACCAAUUAUGUCGUGGGCGAGAUGGUACAUCCAAGUCGAGACCUCCCCAAGGUCAUUCAUACCUCCCUGCCAAUGGUCAUCUUGGCUUACAUUCUCGCCAACUUGGCCUACAUCUUUGUCCUCCCAACAGAGAUCAUCAACGGUACCAACACCAUUGCGGUCGCCUUUGGCAGCACAGUGCUAGGGCCAAUCGGCUCCCUCAUUCUCGCUCUCGCAGUGACAGGAUCCUGCUUCGGCGCAUUGAAUGCGACGACCUUCACCGCUGGCCGACUAGUCUACAGCGCGGGGAAAGAAGGCUACAUCCCGGAGAUCUUCGGUACAAUUGGCCUGUCCGACUCUUCAAAACGAAUGCGACUGCCUCGUCGAGGGUCUCGCGCAAAAAAGCUCACCAGCUUCGUGGCUGACGAGCAAGGCUUCUUCUACACUCCCAUCUACGCCAUGAUGCUCAACGCCCUCAUCACGGUCGUCUACAUUAUCAUCGGCGACUUCACCACGCUUACCACCUUCUACGGCGUGGCAUCCUACCUCUUCUACUUUGCAGCAGUGGUUGGACUCAUCGUUCUCCGGGCCAAGGAGCCAGAGCUGGAACGACCAUAUAAAUGCUGGAUAACAACGCCAGUGAUCUUCUGCUGCGUGAGUCUGUUCUUGCUGAGCAGAGCCGUGUUCGCAAAGCCCUUCCAAGCGCUGGUCGUGGUGGCGUUCAUUGCGGUCGGCGUCCCGCUUUACUGGUGGCGGGUGGGAAGGAGAAAGGGCAACGGGAGGAAGGGACAGGACAGUGACGGAUGGUGGAAGUUCUGGAAACGAUGGGGACGAAAUUAG